AUGGAGAAAGUUGCUGAGCUGAUGGAAUUUGAGAAAGAUUCUGAUUCAGUUACUCAGGAUUUACCCAGUUCUUCUGAGUCGUUUGAAUAUCAGGAUGGGCAGAAAGAGACAACCUCGGAACUGAAAAUGAUAGAUGGUGAUAUUCUCGACAUAGCAAAUCAAGUUGGAGAGGAGAUGGAGGAGAGUGAAGCUGGUGACACAAGUCUGCCAGAUGAUCUUUCUUUUUUGGAUGGAGCUGAAGCUAAGGAGACGUCUGUGGAGGUUGAUGACCCUGCCCUGUCGUUUCUUGUGAACAGUGGCAAAAUGGAAGUCACUAAUGACAGUUUAAGCUUUCUUGAAGAUCAGGACUUAACUGAGGCAGAAAUGUCUUCAGGUGAUGAUGAUGAAUCCUAUACAGAUGAUGAGGAUUCAGAAGAAGAUGAUGAUGAGGAGGAGGAGGAAGAUGGUGAUAAUGACAAAGAUGAGAAUUGUGAAGAAAAGGUAAUAAAGAAGGAAGAAGACACAGAAGAUGAUGGUGUGUUUGGACAAGUCUCUUUUUAUGAUGUUGAGUCGGCUUCAGGCCAUUCAGUGGAUAUUCAAAAAGUGAAGAAAACUAAACAAAAGCGGUCUAAGAAAAAGCGUAAGGCAGGUGAAGAUGGUGAAUCAAAAGGUACGAAAAGAAAGCGCAAAAGGAAACGGCGAAAGACGGAAGACAAUGAUGAUGAUGAAGAUGUUCCAAAUGCAGGAGCAGGUUCAAUGCGUCGUAAAAAUAUCAGGUCGAUAAAGUGUGAAAAAGAUCUGGACAAAGAUAUGCUGUCAGCCCAGAAUGAAGAGUUGGAGCGUCAGAAACGAUUAAUGGAGCUGAAGAAGUCUCUUCUGCGAGAGAAUUCUGCUGCAGCUGCAACAUCUGUGAAGGUCACGACAGUUGCAACAUCAUCCGCAACAGUGGUAACCAAGACAGCAUCUGUUUCCACUGGCACUUCCACACCAAAGGAGAAGGAUUCUCAGUUGAAGUCUCUCUUACAAGUUGCCGAAGAGGAAGCUGAUGAAGCAGAAAAGGACCGGAAACAAUUAGACAAAGAGGUUGUGAAAGUGAAAAAGGAAUCCAGAGAAACUUCCCCUCCCUCAGAUGUCAUCACAUUAAGCAGCGACUCCGAUGACUCAGAUGAUUUAGACGACGAUGACUCAGAUGAAGUGGUGAUGGUCCCAAGCGAUGAAGAAGGUGAUGAUGAGGAGGAGGAAGGUCCAGAGGAUGUUAACAAUGGAGGGGCCCAUAUAGAUGACAGUCUCAACCUGCCGGACCCAGAUGGUAGAGUUAAAGUUAACAUUGGUCAUCCACCAAAUGAACCUGAUAUCUAUCUGGCACCACAGAUAGCACAAGCUAUAAGACCCCAUCAGAUUGGAGGGGUUCGGUUCCUCUAUGAUAAUGUAGUUGAGUCCAUAGAGAGGUUCACCACCACUCAAGGAUUUGGUUGCAUAUUAGCCCACAGUAUGGGGCUUGGUAAAACUAUACAGCUGAUCUCAUUCAUUGACAUAUUCCUACGUUUCACUGGCGGAAAGCGAGUCCUGUGUAUUGUACCAAUCAACACUCUCCAGAACUGGUUAGCAGAGUUUAACUAUUGGCUGCCGCCUCCCGAGAAGCUCCACCCGGAUGAUAACCUAACACAGACUAGGACGUUUCCUUUGUUCGUCAUCAAUGACGGUAUGAAAACAAUGGCUGCGAGGGCAGCAGUUAUAGAAAAAUGGAAAGAAACUGGCGGGGUGCUGGUGAUAGGGUAUGAGAUGUUUCGCUUGUUGUCUUCGAAGAAAGUUGCUCCCAGUAAACCAAAGAGUCGAGCCAAGAAAGCUGCUCAUCCUGAGGUUAUCGAUGUUGAGGAAGAAGACAAGAAUAAAGGUCUAAUGAUCGAUAUGCAUAGCAUGUUGGUGGAUCCAGGGCCAGAUUUGGUUGUGUGUGAUGAAGGCCAUCGUAUCAAAAACAGCGGUGCUGCCAUUUCACAGGCACUGAAAAAUAUUAAGACAAGGCGAAGAAUUGUUCUCACAGGCUACCCUCUGCAAAAUAACCUGAUGGAGUACUGGUGCAUGGUGGACUUUGUGAGGCCGAACUUCCUGGGCACCAAGUCGGAGUUCAGCAACAUGUUUGAACGCCCUAUCAUGAAUGGACAGUGUGUGGACAGUACAGCGUCUGAUAAAAAGAUUAUGAGGCACAGGUCUUAUGUGUUGCAUAACCUUCUGGAGGGAUUUGUUCAAAGGCGAGGUCAUACAGUCCUACAACUCAGCCUACCCCCCAAAAUGGAGCAUGUGUUUAUGGUUCGCUUCAGCGAUAUCCAGCGAAAGAUCUACUGUGAGUUUAUGCACGCUAUCUCAGAGUCAGGGCUCUGUUCCUGGGCCAACAACAACCCCCUCAAAGCAUUUGCUGUCUGCUGUAAAAUCUGGAACCAUCCAGACAUUCUCUAUGAAGUUCUCACUCAACGGGUCGCUGACAAGGACAACGAUCUAGACAUAGAUACUGUUGAAGGAUCCACCAGUAAGAGAAAGAAAGCCAUAGCAAAGUCAGCAUCUUCUGCCUCGUUGGCCUCAGUUGAAACUGCAGCAUCAAUAACGUCCUCUGCUUCCACGGCUUCUUUGGCAUCAAUGGCAUCGGAGUCUGCAAUAGAUAAAAACCCGAUUACAUAUGAUUGGGCGGAACCACUAAUGAAAGAUUACAUCGCUGGGUUGUUGGAGAACAGCGGCAAGUUUGUCCUGAUGAAUGCUAUUGUAGAGGAGUGCCUGGCUGUUGGUGAUAAAGUGUUGAUUUUCAGCCAAAGUCUGUUGACCCUUAACAAGAUUGAAGAGUUCAUGGGAAAACGGAAAGUUCCAAGAAUGGAAAUAAAUGAGAAUUGGCAGCGCAACAGAACGUAUUUCCGCCUGGAUGGAAGUACAUCAGCACAAGAUAGAGAGAAACUAAUUAACCAGUUUAAUGACCCAGAGAGCAAUGUUUGGGUUUUUCUACUUUCUACAAAGGCUGGGUGCCUGGGUAUCAACUUAGUUGCGGCCAAUCGUGUCAUCGUCAUUGACGCCUCCUGGAACCCCUGCCACGACUGCCAAGCUAUCUGUCGAGUGUAUCGCUUUGGCCAGGUGAAGAGCUCGUAUGUUUACCGGCUUAUCACAGAUAACACCUUGGAGAAAAGGAUUUAUGAUAGGCAGAUUAACAAGCAGGGGAUGUCAGAUCGGAUUGUAGAUGACAUGAACCCUGAGAAUAAAUUAACUCGCAGACAGGUGGAGAACCUGCUGGAUUUUGAGGACCAGGAUUUCCCUCUGGUGGACUUCUCUAACAUUGCUACCAAAAGUGGGCAAGACCAAGUGAUGUUGAACGUUCUGGAGAAGCAUGGAUGUUGGCUGACAAAGCACCCAUUCACCCAUGAGUCCCUGCUGAUCGAUCGUAAAGAAAUGAGGCUGUCUAAACGAGAGAAACGAUUGGCUAAGGAAGGUUAUGCUCGUGACAAACGAAUGAAUGUUACCUACGCUCGUCCUACCUAUGCCGCCUACUACCCUCAGGGUGGUAUACUUCCAAAUAGGCUUCCUUUCAAUAGUCGAUACAAUUAUGCUGCAUUCCGACGUGGUCCAGUUGUAAGACCAAUCGCUAGUGUCCGCCCAAUGAUUAUAGCUAAUGCCCAAACUGGCAGUGAGAAAAUCAAGCAGUUUGGUGGCCAACCUUUGAGACCUGGGGUGACAAUUCAUCAAGUUAUUACGACAACAGAAAUUCUUCUACCUGGCACCAACACUGGAACCCAAGCCGGCACUCCAGCAAACAAAAUUGCUGCUGGACAAAAGAUACUUGUCAUCAAGACACCCAAAGGAGUGUACAUACGCACAAAUGAUGGUAAAAUGUUUGCCGUGAGGUCCAAAACUGGGAGCGCUCUAGGAGAGACUGGGAGUACGCCGAUCACUGCUAGCACCACGACAACCACCACCAUAACCUCUGCAGGAGGUAAACAAGUCUUCAUUACUCCAAAUAUCUCCAUGACAACUACGGCUGGUGGGAAAAAGCCACCAAUCAUCAUUGUCAGCAACAAGAAGGGCAUGCCAAUAACCAUGGCUAGGGGUGGAAGCAUUAUAAGAACAUUGCCAUAUGGAAGUGCCAAUUUGUUGAGCUCCUUGAAGUCUUCUUUGUUAAAAUCUGAAACAGCCAAAACUACAGAUUCAACUACCACAACUUCUUCUACCUCAACUACAACUUCUGCAGAUGUUGCAUGCUCUUCCUUUGGUGAAAAGGGCACCUCUCUUGCAGACUUAAUUGCCGGCACCGAUGAGGAUGACAGCAGUGGCGAGAAGAAGAUGAGUGACGGAACCACCCAGUCGGAGUUGAAGCCUAAAAUGCCAGUUAUCGUGUUACCAUCGCUUGCAGUACGCACGCCUCGGCCUUUGUCAAGUAUUCAGUCAUCAACAGUGGCCACCACAUCGCCAGGUGGGGGCACAAUUGUCAUCAUGCCAACCAAACCGGUGGUCUCCAUGGGAACAAAGCGAGCUCCCAAGAACCCGAAGCCGAGAAAGUCCAGAGCCAAAGCUAAUAAUUCAGGAAAUACAGAAGAUGUGGCACCAAAAGCCACCGGGGGCAAGAAGAAAGGGGUCAGCUUGUUAACGCGAAUGAAUAUGGUUACAACUACAGCCAGCAUGUCUGCUAGUACUGUUGGAACUACCACGCCUGCUGCGGCUACUGCGUCAUCUCAAACACAGACUUCAGCCACAGCUCAGUCAUCUUCGGGCACACAAGCUGGUGGAACCACUACUCAGAGUAAACCUAAACAGAAGCAUCAUCCGCCAUCCUCACAGUUUCCAGAUCUGACCAGUAUGUGGCACAGCAACUUUGGCUCUGGGCCUCCACAGGGAGCUCAAGCACAAGCUCCUGUUGAUUCAUCAGCUGCUGCAUCAUCUGCUGUGGGUGCUGCAGAUGUCGCGGCUAAUAGUAAUAGUAGCAGUAACAGCUUUGGUGGAGAAGGAGGGAUGAUGACACCCGGCCACAGCCGGGACUCGAUGCCUGCUAGCCAGGAAACUAAUCCUGAAAGCGGUACUGCUACCAGCAGUCAGAACAUGCUGGAGAGGGAGAUGCAACCUCAGAGCCACAAUGAUGGAUUCCACAACCAAUACAGUUCCGUCAACCAAGCUUACAAUAGUAUGAAUAAUCCCUAUAUGCCUGCUGCUGUAGAUCCGUAUGCCAUGGGGCCGAUGGAUGGUCAUAUGCCACCUUACAUGCUGGGCAUGCACCAAGGCUUUAUGCCACCUCCUCCCGGACCUUUUAGUCAGAGUUUACCACCUCCCCCUAGUCAAAUGCAAAGCCAAGCACAUGGUGGCAGGAACAUGAUGUAUGGUUCUUCUCAAAGUUCUGGCUCAUCACAGUUCGGAUCUACUUUUGGCCCUAGCAGUCAGCAGAUGCCACCUCCAUAUGGAAGCACAGCAAAUGGAGGCUCCAUGUACCCAGGCCCAAGCAAUCCCUCGCCCUUUGGUUAUGGUUAUGGAGCUCCUACCACUGCCUCUUCCUUUAUGUCCCAACCCCAAGGGAAUGAGACGUACCACCAGCCUCAAUCUAACAUGCCCUUCUACAGCCCACAAAACACAAGCCCUUCGUUUGCAAUGGAAAUGCCCAGUAAUCAUGAAUUUGCACCUCAGAAUCCACACCAGCAACACUCUGUGGCGCCGUCAUCGUCAUCUACAACAUCCACCAGCCAUAAGGAGCCAGGAUUAAUGAGUCUAGAUAAAAACAUUCCUUCCCCCUCUCCUAGCCCAAGACAUGCUGCUGACACGCCUGAAAGCAACAAAAGUUACAUGGACUUGUCCAACAGCCGACCGAAUAAUACUCAAAAUAACAUAGGUAACAUUUCCCAAGGAUUUGGAUCUAGCACCCAGAGCAUGUCCGGCUCUGGCAGUAAUUUUAGUUACCAGAAUUUUCCUUCGGAUAACUCCAGCAGUAACAGUAGCGGAUAUGGCAUGAGCACAAGCAGUACUUUAUCAUCUGCGUUGUCAAGCCAUGCAUCCGAAAAUGAUAUGGAAAUGGGAGGAAGUGCAUUUAGGGCUCAUCAAGGUUCCUCAGUCAUGAACAUGCCAGCCAAGCCCCAGCCAUUCAGGCUGGACAAAAGUGGAAUUGGUGGUGGCGGAAACUCCCCAGGAUUCAACUAUAACAGUGGGAUGAGUGCAUUCACCAGUCCCGGUAUCAUUGGAGGCAACGCUGGUGGAUUUGUGAACAGUCCUCCCUUUGGAAGCUACGGAUCUGGAUAUGGUGGAGGUGCCCUUCCAUUCUCCUCAGCCCCAAUGAUGUCUCCUCCACAGAACAUGAUGGGCUACCCACAGGCGUCUUUGGGUUAUCCUAGCAUGUCGUCACUGAUGAUGGGCUCUGUCCCUCCGGCUCCUCCAACAAUGGGAGGCAGCAUGUGGCCCAUGAUGCCACCGGCAAUGAUGGGAGGGGGCUACAGUUACCCUCCUCACCCGUCAAGUAUGGGCUUCCCUUCUGGGCUUGAUGGUCAGGGCUUCAACCAUUUAGGACCAGGCCCUGGAGCCAACUAA